AGGCUAAGGACGACUGGGAACGUACUUUGAAAGCAACUCUCUGAAGGCAAAGAAGACACUCUCCAGCAAAACGGUUCAGUUAGCACGUUAGGUCGUAAUGCUUUGUAUUCAUAAAACCAAAAUGUCUCAGUAAACAGUUAUUCCGCUCAAUGGUCACGUUAGGCACUCAAGCAUAAUCCAUCGAUAUCCAUUACGAGGGCUUCAAAAUUCUUCUUUUAACCAAAUUACCAUGUUCAGCUAUGAUUUUGACUCAUUUUAUUGUGCGUGAUGUUUUAAAUUCAACUAGACAUUUUUAUUUUAUUUAAAAAAAAACGCAAAUUCAGCUUCACGGUGGAUUCUUAGUUUGACUAAAAUAAAUGCCACAAUAUUGGAAACUACGCAAUUAUUAAUAAGUACUUCAGUAAUAAUCAACGAAGCAAUUACCGUAUAUUUCAAUAAAUUCGUAUCACGUUUACACUACAUCUCCCAUGAUUCAGUGCGCGGGGACAAGGCGGAUUCGCAACAUGUCUUGAAACUUUUCAGUUUUUUUUUCUCUCUCUCACUCUCUGGACUCAGCUUGGAGUUGUGUGGAACAACAAGUCGAUCCCGGUUCGUUUCUGCAUAGUUCGACAGACAACUGGACCGCAGCGAAACAAAGAGGUUUCCCUUGAGCGCAAUUCCAUGAUCCAUUGAGGGUGAAGCCAAAAAUUUGUCCAGUGACCAGCACAAGUCAUGUACCAGGUUGUUCCCGGAGGAGCUGCUGGCACAAUAACAGAUGUUAUUCCCAAGCUGAAACACAGCAGGGAUACCAGACCCUUAGUCGGAGCUGGCGUUCUUGGCCUGAUGCUCGUGAUUGCAGCCGUAUCCGCGUGGUCUUACUACAUCGCUUCACUCCGAAAAGCUGAGCUUCUCAAGACUCAGCUCCUGGAUCUAAAUAAAGAUGGUUACAUUAUCCGCAACCAGGGAGGAGCUAUUGUUUUCCGAAUGGAUUUUAGGUCAGGGACAUUGGAUUUGGAUUCGUGCACUAAAGAAGGCGAGCUUCUUAGCUGCGGUCGCACCACUGAUAGAAGCCUCAACUUUUUCAUUGAGACGGUGCGGCCCAAAGACACGGUACAGUGCUACCGUGUGCGUUGGGAGGAGCUGGUUCCCGACAUUUCUGUCGCACACGCAAUGACAUACAAGUUUGCCCACUGGUAUGGUGGCGCGGUGUCCGCUAUUCAGCACUGGCCUAUUUCCAUCUCCGGACAGCAGUCGCCCAAACCGUUCGUGACGAGUGACAUCUACGCCAAUCGCAACGAGUUUGGAGGAAUCUUGGAGAGCUAUUGGCUUUCGUCUAACGCGACGGCCAUCAAAAUUAAUAAUUCCGUCCCGUUUCACCUGGGCUGGAACGACACGGAGCAGACCAUGUAUUUCCAAGCGCGGUACGAUGACAGCCCCUUCAAGCCGAACCCGGGUGAGGCGCCGUGUGCUGAACUCAGCUACAGAGUGUGCGUCGGCUUGGACGUGACAUCCAUCCACAAGUACAUGGUUCGUCGCUACUUCAACAAACCGAACAAAGUUCCCGCCCAGGCCAUGUUCCAGCACCCCGUCUGGUCCACAUGGGCGCUUCACAAGACGGAUAUUAAUCAAGAGAAACUUCUGACGUAUGCCGCCAACAUCCGCAAAUACAACUUUAACUGCAGCCACCUGGAGCUGGACGACCGCUACACACCCCGCUAUGGGGAAUUUGAGUUUGACCCGAUAAAGUUCCCCAAUGCUUCAACCAUGUUUCAGAAGCUCAAAUCGGACGGAUUCCUCGUGUCCCUCUGGAUUCACCCUUUCGUCAACUACAACUCGGAGAACUUCCACGCUUGUGUGGAGAGGGGCCUGUUUGUGCGGGAGCCUUCGGGCCAGCUGCCAGCGUUGGUCCGCUGGUGGAACGGCAUCGGCGGAAUUGUGGACUUCACGAACCCAGAGGCUCGUGAGUGGUUCGCCUCCCAGCUCCGUUCCCUUCGCUCCAGAUACGGGGUGUCUUCGUUCAAGUUUGACGCGGGCGAGACCAACUACUUGCCAUGGAAGUUCAGCACCAGAACUCCCAUUCGGGAUCCGAGUUUUUUCACGAGGCGCUACACCGAGAUGGCCAUUCCGUACAAUGACCGAGCGGAGCUACGCAGUGGCUACCAAUCUCAAAACAUAUCGUGCUUCUUCAGGCCGAUCGAUCGGGACUCUGUUUGGGGCUACGAGUUGGGGCUCAAAUCGCUUAUCCCCACGGUGCUCACCAUCAGCAUUCUGGGUUAUCAGUUCAUUCUACCGGACAUGAUCGGAGGAAACGCCUAUCUCAACCGCACCGAUGGAAAUCGGGCUUUGCCCGACCGAGAACUCUACAUCCGCUGGCUGGAGCUGUCGGCGUUCAUGCCCACAAUGCAGUUUUCGAUCCCGCCUUGGGCAUACGACAAUGAGGUUGUCGAAAUCGCCCGCAAAUACACCGCCCUCCAUCAGAGUAUCGUCGCACCGCGGGUCUUGGAGCUGGCCGGCGAGGUGCUGGACACCGGUGACCCAAUUAUACGGCCCUUGUGGUGGAUUGCCACAGGUGAUGAGACCGCCUAUAAAAUCGACUCCCAGUUUCUGAUCGGAGAUGAUCUCAUGGUGGCGCCCGUCUUAGAGCCUGGAAAGCAAGAGCGCGAUAUUUACCUUCCGGCUGGUCGCUGGAAAAGCUAUAAAGGGGAGAGGUUUGAUAUCAAAGAGCCACUGCACCUGACGGAUUAUCCUGUAGACCUGGAUGAAAUUGCCUACUUUCUUUGGGCGUAGAAAGAGGGGGCGGCCAAAUUGAAGCGCUUGCUUUGAAAAGUCUGAGAUUCUUUGAUCAUCACGACUUAAAAGAGAUAAAAGAGGUCUCAAUUCAAAUUUAAAUGGUCUCGCAAAGAGCCUCAAAAUCUUACCAGAGAGAGCCUGAAGUCUUUUCUUGGCCGAUGAUUCGAUAUGCAACAGCGCUCAAAAUUAUUAUAACCACACUGCAUGUUUUUUUUUUUGUAGAGUCUAUACAUGUGCAAUUGUUUGCAAUGAAAGCAACAAAACAAGAACAAUAUCACGAAACACCGCUAAUCUAUUUAAUACGGCUCAAUUGAAUGUUCAUACAUUUUUUAAAAAAUUCGUGUAAAAUCGCGUUUGAAUAAUUUUGACUGCAAAUGCAAUUGCACAUUUCGCAGAAAGUCUUUGCAUUGCAUUGAUCGUCAUCCUAUUUUCAAAUUAGGUACAGUCACAGCACAUACGGUAACUAUGAAAGUCUCAAAAAAAAGUUAAUUUUUGGGUACUAAGCAUCUUACACGCUUUCUCAGGUAAUUCCUCGCUCAGGCUCAGUUUGAAGUUUUUCUUUUUUUUCUUAUUUUUACUCAAAACCACGAUUGCCCGAUGAGGGAUGGUUUGAUUUCUCUGAGCGAAUGUACAUAUGUACGCACGUCCUGUUGGAUCGUUAAAUAUAGUUUCCGGGUGUUUAAAAAGCACGUUUUCCACCCACCAAGAUCAUACGGAGUUUGUUAAGAAACAAUAGGAACCCUUAGUUUGUCAGCACGGGGAAAUUCAGGUUAUUUGUCUUUUGUUGUUUUAAUUCACGGGAUUGCGGAGUUGAAACUGCGAUAUCAUGAAAUGAGCAGAUUCUAAUUUGUCCUGUUUGUUUUUAACGACUUGCAUUGCCUCUCAUCUUAUUGCAUUGACUCAUUGAGUCACGCACAACACAGACAGAACAGCCUUAAAUGCCACAGAAACACUUCAGAGAUAAUAUUUUUCGCAAAGCUGUCUAAAAAUCCAUCCCCUUAAAACUUUUAUCUUAUGACAUAAUUUAUGAAUAUUUAUGUGAUGUACUGCAUGCAAUGACGUUCAAGUUCAGUUGUGAUGUGUUUUGCUUCCUACAAAGGAAUUUUUUUUUUCCCUCUCCUAAACUUUCUAAGUGAAGUUUUUACCAGGCUACCUCCAUAAAUGCGUAUUGCAUUAUUAUUAUUAUUAUUAUUGUUAUUAUUUACCCUGUCUGCUUUCUACUCAUUUGGACUGUGGACUUGGACAUAUAGCUUACACAUUAACCUCUGUGUGUACCCUCUGACAUAGUUUCAUCCUCGCAGUGCUGCCUAUAUAUAGCAGUUCUCACUCAGUUGCUAUUUCUGUCGCAGACACUCUUGCCUCAUGACAAGAAUUGUCUCGGGUCGAAUGUUGCUUUGCUUCUUGCUUUUUGAACGUGGCACACACUUAUUUGUGAGGGAUCCGGGCGACUGAUUGUUGAGUGCAUCCAAUUGCAUGUUUUUAUUUUGGGUUGAAUGCAAUAAAGCCCUUUUUAACUGUC